CGUGUCUCUAAUAGUUCCCACAUGUGUUUGAGAUGUGAAAUGUGAAUGAAGAGGUACGUGGAGCUUUUAAAGGAAAUAAAUAAAUAAUUUAUUUUAUCUCCUAUAUAUUCUAAAGAUGAAGCGUUUAUCAGAGGAGAAAACAAAACUUGUAUUCGAAAAGCUAACUAAGUACAUUGGCACUAAUGUAAAGAACUUGAUUGAUCGACCAGAUGGUAUUUACUGCUUUCGGGAGAAAAAGGAUAGGGUGUAUUAUGUGUCGGAAAAAAUUUUAUCGUUAGCAAAUAACGUAGAAUCUGAUCAUCUGUUAAGUUUAGGCACUUGUUUUGGCAAAUUCACAAAAUCAGGAAAGUUCAGGCUACAUAUCACUGCGUUACAUUAUCUAGCGCCUUACGCACAACACAAAAUUUGGGUAAAAUCUUCGGCGGAGCAACAGUUUCUCUAUGGAAAUCAUAUUAUGAAAUCUGGUCUCGCUCGUAUAACAGAAGGUACUAAUCAAUAUCAAGGUGUUGUUGUAUUUUCCAUGAACGAUUUGCCACUGGGAUUUGGCAUUGCUGCAAAAAGUACAGCUGAUUGCAAACACGCAGAUCCUGUAGCAGUAAUUUGCUUUCAUCAAGCAGAUAUUGGAGAGUACAUUCGUUCGGAAGACACAUUACUGUGACAAAAAUUUACAUCUGUUCUUUUUUUUUUAAAGAAAAAAUAUAUCUAAUUUGUACAGCAAGUUUGCUUAUUUUUUUUGCAUCUUAUAAUUUAGAUGUCUGUGAUUCAUGUAAUAUUACAUAUUGACGAAUUGAUAAAGUUAAGGAUUGCUCCUGUACAUUUAUCCUAUAAUAUGUGUAUGUAUACU